CAAAUUUCCCUCCCAUUUGUGGUUUGGUAAGACUUCGGUCACAGAGAGCUCAGAGCUUAGAGCAGAGCCCUUAGCAGAGAGAGAGAGAGAGAGAGAGAGUAACAAACGGGGACGAAGAUAGGAACCGUUUCGAUGGCCAGAAAAAAGAGAGAUAAUAGAGUAUUGGCUUUCACAGGCGUGGCUGCUCUCGUCGCUGUUGCUCUGAAUAUCCUUAUCACAGCUAUCAAUUCCCAAAAGAAGAGAAAGAGUAAAGAACUCCCGGGCUUGAAUGCGGACGUAAAUCUCUCUGCAUCCGACAUUCUCAAACUGACUGACCGCAUCAUUACAAAGUCAAAAGAGGUCCAUGAUGCAGUGGCUUCUGUUCCCCUUGAUAAGGUCACAUACAUGAAUGCCAUUUCACCUCUAGCAGAACUAGAAGCACAACAAUUUCCACUUGUGCAAUCAUGCACAUUCCAAAAGAUGGUAUCUGUUUCUGAUGAUGUACGUAAAGCCAGUGCUGAAGCUGAGAGGAGAAUAGAUGGCCAUAGUCAGAUGUGCAGUCAACGUGAAGAUGUGUACCGUGUUGUCAAGGCUUUUGCCGCGAAGGGAGAAUGGAUGAGCCAUGAAGCUAAACGCUACAUUCAGUGUUUGAUUAGAGAUUUUGAGCGGAAUGGAUCGGAUCUUACUUCAAGCAAGAGACAAGAAGUGCAACGGUUGAGAACCCAAAUAGAUGAGCUGAGUAUGCAGUAUAUCCAAAAUCUGAAAGAUGACAAUACUUUUCUUCUCUUCAGUGAGACAGAACUGUUUGGAGUGCCACCAGAUUUUAUUAAGAGUCUGGACAAAGCUGAAAAUGGUAAAUUAAUGGUCAUGCUGCAAAGUCACCAUGUUGUUCCUUUACUAGAGUUCUGUAAGGUAGGAACCACCAGGAAGACAGUAGCAGUGGCAUAUGGGCGGAGAUGUGGAGAAGCUAAUCUUCCUAUCUUGGAAAAUCUGGUUCGUUUGCGCCAUAAACUUGCUCGUUUGCUUGGGUAUUCGAACUAUGCAGACUAUGCUGUUGAGCCUAGAAUGGCAAAAACAUCUGCCAAGGUAUUUGAGUUCUUAGAAGAUAUCUCUGUCAAUUUAAAUGACCUGGCUGCCAGAGAACUCACUACACUUAAAGAUAUUAAGAAGAAAGAGGAAGGUGAAUCUCCAUUUGGAGUUGAAGAUCUGUUAUACUAUGUGAAAAGGGUAGAAUCGCAAAGAUCUGAUGUAGACUUUGGAGCUGUGAAGAAAUACUUUCCCACCAGCGUGGUUCUUUCUGGGAUUUUCAAAAUAUUCCAGGACCUAUUUGGGCUAAGAUUUGAGGAAAUUGCAGAUGCUGAGGUUUGGCAUAAUGAUGUUCGUCUUUUCUCGGCUUUGGACUUCAGCUCUAGUGAACUACUUGGUUACUUUUACCUUGAUAUAUAUUCCAGGGAAGGAAAAUAUGGUCACACCUGUGUCAUAUCUCUUCAAAAUGGUUCCUUGUCAUACAAUGGUACACGGCAGAUUCCAGUGGCAUUGCUAAUUUCUCAAUUUCGAAAAGAAGUGGAUGGUAAUCUUGGGUUGUUGCGGUUCUCAGAAGUGGUUAAUCUCUUCCAUGAGUUCUGCCAUGUGGUUCAUCAUAUCUGCAAUCGUGCGUCAUUUGCAAGAUUCUCUGGGCUUCGUGUUGAUCCUGACUUUGUGGAGAUUCCUGCUCAAUUAAUUGAAAAUUGGUGUUAUGAAGGCAUCGCUCUCAAAUUGAUAUCAGGAUUUCAUAAGGAUAUUACAAAUCCCAUCACAGAUGAAAUUUGUGGGGCGCUGAAAAGAAAGCAGGACUCUUUUUCUGCACUUAAAUUGAAGCAAGAAAUCCUCCUUUGCUUUUUUGAUCAGAUUAUACAUACAACUGAGAAUGUUGACACAGUGGAGCUUCUCAAGCAUCUCCAUCAGAAGGUGAUGCUAGGAUUGCCAAUGUUAGAGGGUGUAAAUCCGGCUUCAUGUUUUCCACGCAUUGCUGUAGGCUAUGAAGCUGCUUGCUACAGUCGCAUUUGGAGUGAGGUUUUUGCUGCUGAUAUUUUUGUCUCUAAAUUUCAAGAUGGUCUUUUGAACCAGUAUGUUGGCCUGCAGUUCAGGAAUAAGGUAUUGGCUCCAGGAGGAGCAAAGGAUCCCACUGAAAUUCUUUCUGACUUUCUGGGAAGAGAACCGUCAAUUCAAGCAUAUAUCAAGAACAAAACCAGAAAUAGUUUGUGAUACAAUAGUAUGGAUGCUUUCCUUGCCCAACUUGCAACUCGGUUGCUGUGAGAAAUUUCCAAUGUUUGCUAGCAUUACAGUUUUCUUACUUAAAACGAGUCCUGCUACAAUGAGUGUGCAUCGCUCAUUCUUGUAUUUAUCAUUGAAUUCAGCAAUGAGGGCAAAAUCUUCUAGAAGUUCUUUUGAAGCUACAGCUCAAUCCAAAAAGCUUACAAAUCUAAUCUUCCAGUUGGUAUGAUUGGAUUUCC